AUGAAGUUCAGCGCCAUCGUCGUCGGCACCUUCGCCGCUCUUGCUGCUGCUCAGGGCUCUCUGGUCUCCAGCGCUGCCUCUUCGGCCGUCUCGGCCGCCAGCUCUAGUGCUUCCAGCGUCGCCUCGAGCGUCACCGACCGCUCUUCGCGCUCCAGCUCUGCCAGCGCUGCUAGCAGCAUCACCUCCUCGAGCGCCUCAUCUACCCAGGCCAGCUCUACCAGCGCUUCUAAUGCUGAGGACGCCGACAGCUCCAGAACCUCCGACUCAACCUCGACCGAGACCAUCUACUACGAGUACCCCAACACCUUCCACAAGCCCGUCUCCCCCACUCUUCUCGGCAGCAAGGUCAUCACCAUCACCAACGGCGUCACCCCCACCUACUCUCUCCCCAAGAGUGCCUCUACCUUCGGCAUCACUGUCAGCAACAUUACCACCACCUUCACCUACACCAACACCUUCCACAAGCCCGUCUCCAAGACAUGGCUCACUACCGAGACCUACCAGACCACCAUGGGUCUCCCCACCCUCAGCACUUCUCAGGGCGGUGCCGCUAAGGCCGGUGUUGGUGCUUUCGGCGCUUUCGCUCUCGGUGUCGCUGCUCUCCUGUAA